AUGUUACUGCGAACGUCCGUUUUCUCACCGGCUGGACAAGUGGGUGUCACGACUGUUAAUAUUACAAAAGCGGAGCAGAGCGCUCUCAAGGCACUCAGGAAUGAUACCAGCAUUGUAAUACUACCGGCAGACAAAAGACGUUCCACAGUAGUGUUGGAUAAGACAGAUUACGCUCAGAAGGCCAACGCUCUACUGGAGGACCCACAGGCGUACCUCCCAUGUGGUGAGGAAUCGAUAAAGACGUUAGUGACGCAACUGGAGAAGACACUCACCGACAUGCAAUCAAACAAAGCAAUAAGCAAAUCGGUACGGCUGACCAUUAAGCCGACAGAUGCGUCUCCAGCGCGUUUCUAUGGCCUACCUAAGGUACACAAACCCGGUCUCCCUCUCCGGCCAAUCGUUUCAUUGCGCGGUACACCUACAUAUAAUCUGGCAAAAUGGCUAUCCCGCAAACUGAGGUCUCUCACCUCGAACGCAGCCACGACCGUCUGUUCAGCGGCUCAGUUCCUAGAACGGCUCAAAGGCAUCCGACUCAGCGAAGACGAGGUCAUUGUGUCAUUCGAUGUCACCGCUCUCUUCACUUCGAUCCCGCAAUGCCUAGCAGUCCAAACGGUUAGCGAACUGCUCGAAUGCAAGUACGACGAGACGGAAGAAAGUGUGAAACGGACUCAUCUAAUUUAA